AUGGCCCCUGCACAGUCCACACUGCGUCGCAAGCUGAGGGACGAGUAUGCGAUGCCGUUUGCGGCGCACUACAUCCAGCACAGGAGGAGGUACUCGAGUCUCAUGAUGGUCGCCUUCUCGGCCUACGUCCUCCAGAAUACCUACGCCGGCCUGACAGGCGGCCCCUCCUCCAAGCGCAAAGCAAAAGCCGCGCAGCAGACGCAAGGCGCACAGGGGAAACCGGGCGGACCGGGCGACGUAACCCAGAAGAGUGCGGCUGGGGCUGUUGAGACUGUAGGACGGGGAGGAGCGGGUGGACGACGGAAGCGGAGAGGACCGAGGGUCGAGGUCGACGCCCUUUUCUUCCAGCGCCUGACCCGCCUCCUCCGCAUCGUCCUCCCCUCCUUCCGCUCCAAAGAAGCCUCCCUCCUCCUCCUGCACUCCUUCUUCCUCGUCCUCCGAACCCUCCUCUCCCUCUACGUCGCCUCGCUCGACGGCUCGAUCGUCUCUGCCCUCGUCCGCGCGCAGCCGCGACAGUUCUUGAUUAGGAUCGUGACGUGGAUGGCGGUUGCUGUGCCGGCGACGUAUACCAACUCGAUGCUCACUUACCUCCAGAGCAAGCUGGCCAUCGCCUACCGCACCCGCCUGACAAAGAAAGUCCACGAAGACUACCUCGACGGAACGACCUUUUACGCACUCGGCAACCUCGACGACCGCAUCAAGAACGCAGACCAGCUCAUCGUGGUCGACAUUCAGAAGUUCAGCACGUCGCUCGCAGAGAUCUACUCGAACAUCGCCAAGCCGAUUCUCGACGUCAUCCUGUACAACUGGCAGCUCUCGCGCAAUGUCGGUGCUGAAGGCCUCAUCGCGCUCACCAUCAUCGUCCAGGCUUCCGCCGCCUUGCUCAAGUGGGCGACCCCACCCUUCGGUCGCUACGCCGCGGAAGAGCAGCGUCUCGAAGGCGAAUACCGAUUCUCUCACACACGCCUGCUCGAACACGCCGAAGAGAUCGCCCUCCUGCGCGGUUCCGAGACCGAAAAGAACAUUAUCGAGCGCACCUACUACGCCUUGAUCCGCCACGUCAACCGCGUGUUCAGGAUGAGGAUGGCGUACUCGCUUGUCGAGGAGGCGAUCGUCAAGUGGGUCUGGGGCAGCUUGGGGCUUUGUGUUUGCGCGGUGCCGGUGUUUGGGAUGCGGUUGUUGGGCAUGAGCGGUGGAGCGGGCGGGGGGAUCGACUUUGGGAGCAGGACAGAGGGCUUCGUUACCAACCGUCGUCUGCUGCUCUCCGCAUCCGACGCUCUUGGCCGCCUCAUGUCGACCUACCGCGACCUCUCCGAGCUUUCUGGCUACACCGCCCGCGUCUCCGAACUUCUCGACACGAUGGACGACGUCAAGGCUGGCCGGUACCAGAAGAAACUUGUGGGAGGCGGGAGCACGGCGGGACGGACGGUUGGGAAGGAUGAGGAGGUCGCGGAGAACGCGAAGAUCCUGCAAGGUCGCGGCAAGAUCAUCCACUCUGACGACGAGAUCAUCUUCGACAAGGUCCCCAUCGUCACGCCGAACGGCGACGUCUUGAUCAAGAGCCUGAGUUUCUACGUCAAGCCUGGCAACCACCUUCUCGUCGUCGGUGGAAACGGGACGGGCAAGUCGUCGUUGUUCCGCAUCCUCGGCGGCUUGUGGCCCAUCUACGGCGGCACCGUCACCAAGCCUCCCGCGUCCGAGUUCACCUACAUCCCGCAGCGACCGUACCUCUCGCUCGGCACCCUUCGCGACCAGAUCAUCUAUCCGCAUUCUCGCGCGCAGAUGCUUGAGCGCGGAAUCACCGACGCCAACCUCCUCGACAUCCUCAAGAUGCUCGAGCUCGACUCAAUCGUUGAGCGCGAAGGCGGAUGGGACACGCAGCGCGAGUGGAGGGACGCGUUGUCGGGAGGCGACAAGCAGAGGCUAGCGAUGGCCCGGUUGUUCUACCAUUGCCCGAAGUACGCUAUUCUCGACGAGUGCACGAGUGCCGUGACCCUGCAGAUUGAGCAAACUUUCUACGAGCGGGCGACUGAGCUCGGCAUCACCCUCCUCACCGUCUCACACCGCCCGUCUCUGUGGAAGUACCACAAGUACAUCCUCCAGUACCUCGGCGGCGGCGACUACGCCUUCGGUCCGCUCAACUGGGAAGAGCGUCUCGCACUGCAGGAGGAGAAGCAGUCGCUCGAGCAGAAGCUCGCCGAGGUGCCCGUCUGGGAGUCGAGGCUGACCGACCUGCUUAAGGAGCGCGAGACGAGGGAGGCGCGGAAGGAGAGGAUCUAG